AUGUGCAAUUUAACACACCUGCACUUACAAUGGAACAAAAUAACGAAAAUCGAAGGUUUAGAUAAAUUGACAAAACUGAAGAAGUUAUAUCUAGGCUGCAAUUGUAUCAGUGUUGUGGAGAAUCUCAUGGGCUUGAAAUAUUUGGAGGAAUUGUACAUAGAGAAACAGAAUGUUGACAGUCCAGACCCAUUAUGUUUUGAACCAAGGACAAUAGUGUCUAUUGGGGCAACAUUAAGAAUAUUAAAUGUGUCGGAAAAUAAAAUAACGGAUAUAUCAUGGAUUAAACCGUUAAGGCGCUUGGAAGUCUUGAUUGCAACGAAAAAUAAAUUAGAUGAUAUCCAGGUUGUAGCAGAUCAUCUCUGCACUCUACUUUGUUUGGUCGACGUGAAUUUUACUGGCAACCCCAUGACAAAGAAACAUAGAUAUAAAGAAAUUAUAAUCGCUAGAUGCGUUCAAUUACGAGUUCUCGACACUACACCAAUAAACAACACAUCGAAAACAUUUUUACAAAACUUCGAUAAAGCGAUACGUUUCCGUAAAAUGAAGGAAAGAAAUAAGAUGGGCAUAUCUCGACCGAGUGCUGACGAUUUCUUUGAACUAAACAUGUUAACAGGACCAAAAACUCAAAGUGCAUUGUUGGUGGCGGAACUAUCUAAACGACAAUCGAAAUUAACAGCUAUUGACUCAACAUACGCUUUUACGCCACGAGCAUUUUGGCGGGCAAAACCAACGCUGGCUCGCGAUAGUGUUGCCCCACCGGCAGAACCUCCUCCUCAAACAGAACAGCGGGAUGAAAAUACCGCGCCUAUUAAGGGAAUUUUGAAAAAGCCAAUGCCGAUGAAAUAUAUUUAA